AUGCCUUUUUAGUUUCGUGUCGCCAACGAAGAACUAUUAGCUCUAUCGAGAAAAUUGACUGAACUCGAUGAGAACGGAGCUCGUCGACAACAGAUCAAAGUGAACUUCCAGGGUCAUACCACUCCGGGAGACACAAAGGACAAUGCACCCGAAAGACUCAUCAGUGGAGUGGAUCCGUUUCUUUUUACGAGGCCCACUUACAAGUCGCUAAUGGUCCUUUUCGACAACUUCCAUCGCGAAGCUGGUAAACCAGAGCCUCGUGUCUCGAAGCAAGAGGACGCACAAGAAUCACUGGCUUUCUUGACCGCAGUACUCCAAUCAAAGGUUAUGCAAGAGGUGUAUGGCUUCCUCAAUAGGAAAAGUAAGCUCGUGAAUUAUAGAGUUACCAGUGAAGAGAUUCAGCUUUACAUAGGAUUUCAAUAG